AUGAGUGUUGAAAAAUGUAUUGGAUUACCAUUGAAGAAGAUAUUAGAUGCAGAGGAAUAUAAGUUGAUAGGUGCUGGAAGAGAAGAUGUAAAUGUACGUAAUCUUGGAAAUGGUAGAAAAAUGGCAUUAGAACUUAAAAACACAAGUAUAGAUCCAUUUCUAUUACUAUAUGCUAUUGAUAAUGAAGAUACUAAUGGAAGAUUAAGUAAAGAUACUAAUGGAAGAUUAAGUGAAGAUGCUAAUGGAAGAUUAAGUGAAGAUGCUAAUGGAAGAUUAAGUGAAGAUACUAAUGGAAGAUUAAGUAAAGAUACUAAUGGAAGAUUAAGUAAAGAUCCUAAUGGAAGAAUAUCGAACCCAACUGACUCCGUAACGUUGUAUCAUAAAAAUAUAAAAAUUGAUCAUGAAAAAAUAAUAUUGGCUGAUAAAAAAUUAAUCAAAGAUUAUUUUAUAAAAUCGGAUGAAAGGGAUUUAGAUCCAAGAGAUUUGGAUGAAAGGGAUUUGGUUGAAAGAGAUUUGGAUGAAAGGGGUUUGGACCCGAUUAUGGAUAAUAUUGUUGUAAAAUUUAAAAAUGUAAAAAUGACAAUAAAUUGUAGAUUAGAAUGUCAAAAAAUACAUUAUGAAAUUGAUAAACACACGAAAAGUUAUAAUUGUUUAAUAUAUUCAGAAAAUUUGUUAACUCAUGAUACAGUAGAGAUGAUUAAUGGACUUGAAUUUCCUAUACUAAUUAGGCAAAAGAACCCAAUUAGGAUAUCUCAUAGAAGAUCACAAGAUACAAGAAAUAGACAAAUUUUGGAACUAAAAUUAGAUUUAAUACAUCCUAGAAUAUUGUUAAUGUAUAUUAAAACACAAUCAGGUAAGAUAAUGAAUUAA